GCCAUGUUGGUUUUGCCCUCAGUGUGGUCGGGCGGGAGCGUGGGGGGGGGGCGCGGCGGGCCCGUGGGAGGCGUCCGCUGUCAGCUCGGACCUGAAGACUCCCCCUUCGGGGUCCGCGGAAAGUCGGCUGUCGCCUCUUCAGAAUUCUCCACUGCCGUCGUGACCCCCCGCCAGCCCGGGAAGGAGGAACAUCUUCCCUGACGGCAGCUCCGUGGACUCCGGCGGGGCUGCGUCCUCCCACCCCGGCGCCCGGCGCUGCCCACGGAGCUCGGCGGAGAGGUCGGCCGGAGCCCUUGUUCCUCCUGACCUCGCCAGUAAUCGUUUCUCCACCGAGUCGGGUCCACCUUGUGCGUCCGGCAUGCAAAUGACCUUACAAAGAGGAGCAGCUUGCCACUGCCCUCCUGGAUUCAUAGACGGCCUGGUGGUCCUUGGAGUCACAGAAGAGAGAGCAUCAAGGUGCAUUUCUGCAUCAGCCUUCCAGCAUGGAAACCCUCCUUGUGUCCCCUGGUCUAUUUUCUAGAAGUCCAGUCUCCUUUCAUGAAGAGGCCAAAAGGGCAGUGGCUAACCAGCUGACAAAUUGUUAUCAGGACCUGGUAACCUUUGAGGAUGUGGCUGUGGACUUCACCCAGGACGAGUGGAUGCUCCUGGACUCAACUCAGAGAAGCCUGUACUGGGAGGUGAUGCUGGAAAACUAUGGGCACCUGGCCACAGUAGGAUAUCAGCUUGUCAAGCCCAGCCUGAUCUCCUGUUUAGAGGCAGAAGAGUUAAGGACAGCAGAGAGAAGUGUUCUCCAAGAAUGGGCAAUGAGACUUAACACCAAAGAGACAGCAGUUCAGCGGGAUACUUUUUGGUUAAAAAUGUUAGCAGAGAUACAGCUGGCCCAUAGCCAGGACAGAAAGGAGCUCUGUGACUUGAAGCCUCAUGAGGAACUCAUCAGAGAACACUUGGGUCCCCUGACGCAUGGGAGUCCUCAAAAUGGAGGGGCCACUGAUGACUGCAGCCAGUGUGGACAAGACUUUCCUCCUCUGCAUCAGGAAAUGGGUGCACACCAACUCCCGGCAUUCAGUCCAUGUGGAAAAGACUCAAGUCUGACUUCGGGUGAUGCUUACCAGGCACCAAGUGUGCAAGCCAGAUCCCUCGGAUGUGGUACCUUUGGGCCUGCCUUGGUUGGCCGGUUAUACCUUCAGCCACCUGGGAGAGCUGGCAGUGACGAUGGGCCCUUCCAGUGGGGAGAGCAGCCGGGGGCCUUGGCCCCGCCCAUGAGCCACACUGCGAGUGCUCAGGCACACCCCGGGAAGCAACGCUACGAAUGUAAGGAGUGCGGGAAAAGUUUUAAGUACGCUGCCAACCUUAAUAUCCACAUGCGAAUCCACACAGGGGAGAAGCCCUACCAGUGUAAGGAAUGUGGGAAGGCAUUUUCUCGGUGCUACCCACUAACUCAGCACUUAAAAACCCACACUGAAGAGAAGCCCUUUGAAUGUCAAGUUUGUGGGAAGUGCUUUCGGAGUUCCUCCUGCCUCAACGAUCACUUCCGCGUUCACACCGGAUCAAAACCCUACAAAUGUAAGGACUGCGGCAAAGCCUUCACAGGGCGCUCUGGCCUGAGCAAACACCUGCCUACCCACACUGGAGAGAAGCCUUACGAGUGCAAGGAGUGUGGGAAGGCCUUCACCUCCACCUCGGGCCUCAUCAAACACAUGAAAAGUCACACAGGAGAGCGGCCCUUUGAAUGCGACCACUGCGGGAAGGCCUUUGCUUCCUCCUCCACCCUCAUCACCCACCUGCGGACCCACACGGGAGAGAAGCCUUUUGAGUGCAAGGUGUGUGGGAAAGCCUUCACGUGUUCCUCCUACCUGCGCAUCCACAUGCGCACACACACCGGCGAGAAGCCCUACUCGUGCAAGGAGUGUGGCAAGGCCUUCACGGAGCGCACGAGUCUCACGAAGCACUUGCGCACUCACACGGGAGAGAACCCCUUCGAGUGCCAUGUGUGCGGGAAAGCAUUUGCAUGUACCUCCUACCUCCACAACCACAUCCGGACUCAUACUGGGGAGAAACCUUACGUGUGUAAGGAAUGCGGGAAAGCCUUCACGGUCUCCUCACACCUGAGUAAGCACGUGAGAAUUCACACCGGGGAAAAGCCUCAUAAAUGUGAGCAGUGUGGGAAAGCCUUCACAGUGCGCUCAGGCCUCACAAAACACACACGAACUCACACGGGAGAGAAGCCCUACACGUGUCAGGAGUGUGGGAAGGCCUUCACCACCUCCUCCGGUCUCAUGGAACACAUAAGAAGCCACACGGGAGAGAAGCCCUACGAGUGUGACCAGUGUGGGAAGGCCUUUGCGUCAUCAUCCUAUCUGAUCGCCCAUCUGAGGAUCCACACGGGAGAGAAGCCCUUUGAGUGCAGCACGUGUGGGAAAGCCUUCACAUGCUCCCCCUACCUGCACAUCCACAUGCGCACGCACACGGGGGAGAAGCCCUACGCGUGCAAGGACUGUGGCAGGGCCUUCGCUGUUUACUCUCACCUCAGCCUUCACAUGCGCAUCCACACCGGGGAGAAGCCCUGCGAGUGUGGGGAGUGUGGGAAGUCCUUCGGAUAUUCCAACUCCUUUCAGUUACACGAGAGGACACACACCGGAGAGAAGCCCCAUGAGUGUCACCAGUGUGGCAAGGCCUUCACUAGCUUUUCCUACCUCACAGAACAUAAAAGGAUCCACAAUGGAGAGAAGCCUUAUGAAUGUAAGGAGUGUGGGAAAGCCUUCAGUUGCUCCUCAUCGCUCUCCAAACACAAAAGAAUCCAUAGUGGGGAUAAGCCCUAUGAAUGUAAGGAGUGUGGGAAAGCCUUCAGUUCCUCCUCCCACCUCAUCAUUCACAUCAGAAUCCACACUGGGGAGAAGCCUUAUGAAUGCAAGGAGUGUGGGAAGGCCUUCAGCGAGUCCUCAAAGCUCACUGUCCAUGCGCGAGUCCACACUGGAGAGAAGCCGUAUAAAUGUGAGGAAUGUGGGAAAGCCUACAAUUGUCCCUCCUCCUUAAGUAUCCAUAUGAGAAAACACACUGGGGAAAAGCCGUAUGAAUGUUUUGAAUGUGGAAAAGCCUUUUACCUUCCCACGUCCCUGAACACACAUGUGAAAAAUCAGAGUAGAGAGAAGCCAUCUGAGUGUAAGGAUUGUGGGAAGGCCUUCAGUUGUCCCUCAUCUUAUAAGGCGCAUGUGCGGGACCACAUGGGGAAGGUACAGUAUGAAUGUAAGGAAUGUGGGAAGGCCUUUAAUCGCUCCUCAUCCCUCACUGAACACUUAAGAACUCACAGCGGAGAGAAGCCUUAUGAAUGUACAGAGUGUGGGAAAGCCUUUAUUAGUUCGUCCCAUCUAACAGUCCACAGACGAACUCACACGGGAGAAAAACCAUACGAAUGUCAGAAAUGUGGAAAAGCCUUCAUUUACUUCUCAGCCCUUAGCAUCCACAUGAGAACACACACUGGAGAAAAGCCAUAUGAAUGCAAGGCGUGUGGGAAGGCAUUUCGACACUCUUCUUAUCUCACCGUCCAUGCAAGGAUGCACACUGGGGAAAAACCCUUUGAAUGUCUGGAGUGUGGGAGGGCCUUCAGCUGUCCCUCAUCCUUCCGACGGCAUGUGAGAAGCCACACUGGAGAGAAGCCAUAUGAAUGUAAGGAAUGUGGGAAAGCCUUUAUUUGCCCAGCCUAUUUUCGAAGACAUUUGAAAAUUCAUACUCGAGAAAACACAUAAAUGUAAAGAAUAUGGCAUGUGAGCAAGGCUUUUUCUAAUCUUGGGGUAACUUCAGAAGUCUCAUACUGUGAAGACACCUCAUAAAUAGGACAAAGUAGGAGAUUCCUGUGCCUCCUUUUGAAGACCUGAGGAUAUGUGAGAGAAACUGUGUAAACCACGUGGUAAAUAGCUCCACACUGUCACCAUUUGUUUAUACUAGAUCUGUGCCUCACCAUUAAAGAGGAACUGCUGGCUCAC